AUGUCCAACUAUCUUUAUGCGGCAGGAGGCCGCGGCAGACGGACAACAACCAGCAAGCCCGAGCGGAGCUGCGUCGACGACCUGCCAUCCCGGGUACCAUGUGCCCGUCUAGCUCUGGCCACGACAGAGCAUCUCGCGCCGAAGCAGGAAGGACUGCUGAACCUUGCUCCGGGCGUCCCAUUGGCUUUGGAUCCCCCGAGACGAGCUGCUCGUCCCCGAGUCAAAAAGUCAGGCCAGGCCGAAGACGGCAGGUGUCGGAGCAUCCAUGCUGCACUCGCUGCGUUGGACUCCCUGCAAAGGUUCUAUGGGGAUCCCCUCGCCAGGGCCUUGCCCAGCAGCUUGAUGUCCGCAGCCAGCGCCCCUCGGCCCGCGAGUUGCCGGCCCGACAGGCAACCCCCCCGGACACAGGAACGCCGAGACAUCCGGGCCGCUGAGAAGCCCCCCAGCGCACAGUGCGCAAACACCGUGGUGGCUUCGCUUCGCACUGGCCCGGGGCCUGGUGACAUCGCCAGCUUCCCUUUCCCGCCUUCGUCCCUUUCGCCCACGCGCAUCUGCGCAUCCCCUUCGCCAUGGCCGCGGACGGCAAUCUCCCAGCGUCAAGUCGCCGCGGCAGGCUGUCUGCGGACCUCGCCGUGCUGGACGCCAUGA